GCUGUCGCCAUUCGAGCUGAGCACUCCUCCCCACACUGGCUCUGUUCCGUACUGACAGGGCGUCCCUUCCUGAAAGGGGGCCCUUCCAUCUCAAAGCCCCUCAUCAGUGUCAGGCUUCCUGUUACUAUCAAUGACUGUCUCCCCAACCCUACUCCCCAAAAACCCAUACUGUAAGUAGCCUAUAUGAAGAGAACUAAAUAAUCCUGCCUGUUACUCCCUUCCUUGGAGCCAGGACUUUGCCAACUGUCUGAAGAAUCUUCUCUUCUGGAAGUGUAUCUAAAACAUUUUAAGAAGAGGUGUAGGAUACAGGCUGUAAAUGAGAAGAGGGGGAGAUUCCUAGAAGCUGCCUGUCACAGGGUAAGGACUUGGGUUUGUGACCUUUGCAAUAGUUCAUACCCCAACUUUUGGCUCCUCCAGUCUGAUCCCAAGUUUAGAGAUCCUUGGCAUCAGCCUACCUAGCAGCUCUUGCUACCUCCCUAGGAGAGUCCAAAGGCCACUGCUCUCUGCUGCCCCCUUCUGUCACCCAAUCAGCCUGGGACCCACUAACUCCUCAAGUGGUGAGAAUCAGGGACUGCCAGGUGGGCCUGCCUUCAGUUAGGGACUGGCCCCAGCACCAGAAAGGGCAACACAAGAUUAAGCUAAAGAAAGAGACAGCCCAGUUUCUGGCUGGGGCCAAAGCUGACUUUCAGCCUGGAACUAUCUCUGCUACAGCAGACUGUGGCUGGAGAGAAGACUUGGCCUUAAAGGGGAGAGAUGGGAGCACACCCAUAAGCAUUUGCUUUCUGCCUUCCAAAGGCCUCUGGACUGAUAAGUCCAGGAAAGACCAGAAAGUAUGUAGCACACAGCCAACUGAUGGAGAAGGUCUAUGACAAACCGAGAUAUCUGGGAGAUUUCCUUGGGAUUUCCUCAGUGGCUACACCCAAGCCUUGGGGCACAAGUCUGGACUGGAGGGUGGGAGAGGGAAUGUAAGGCCCCUGGUACCAAAAGUUCAAGAUAAGUGACCUCUGGGCUAUGGUCACCUUCAAGAAAGCACCCAAGCUCUUUCCUUACAGUGUCCACAUCAAAGACCCCUUCAUCCAUCUCUCAGACAUCUUGGGGUUUAAAAAAAAAAAAAAAGGCCCUUUCAAAUGUGAAGUGCCCUGUCCAGCCCUGGGCUGACCCUUCACCAGGAUGUGAUCAGAAAACCUGAAGAUCCUGGAGAAAAACUCCAGGGAGGGACCUUCAUGCCUCACCCUGGACAGAAGGGAGAAGAGGUUCGAAUUUUCAGCCUGGAGGAUGGCUAGUCCCUAAUUUGGGAACUGAAGGCCCUCCUGAUUGUUGAAGCAGCCCUGCAGCAGAAAGGGCUGCCCAAAGAAAGGCAUAAGCCCUAGAGAGUGGCUGACCCUAGAGCAGGAAACUGCAAUAAGACAAGGGCUGGAUUAGUGCAUUAUGACUUAGCUUAUUUCAAAUACUGAGCAGGACUUGCAGAUUGAGACCAGGAGUGGGAAAUUCUUCAAGGAGCCAGGGGCACUAAACUCAGCAGCAUACCCCCACCCUAGGCAGUUCCCAGCUUCCUGGAAAGGACUGGAUAAAGAUGAAUAGGAGCUUUGCAUUGCGGGGAGUGGGGAAAGAAAGGAGUGAUGGACAGGUAUGGGAUUAGGAGAGAAGGGGCUAUAGCUGGAGGGUGGGAUACAGAGGGUGUAGGAGUUGGACAUGAGGGUGUUACUGAACCCAGGUAGGGAGUGGGGAUGUUCCUCCAGGCCCAGGAAGGAGGCUGGAAUUUGAGUAGAACAAAGAUGUUCUUGAGUCUUGAGUCUAAUGUCUUCAACAAGUCAGGGACUGUAUCUGGAGACCUCCAGGUCCCUGCUGGCAAGAGGUUGGCAUUCCUGGAACAGGACUAGGCAAAAACAGGAAGGUAAGAUUUACUCGGCCUUUUACCUGUUUUGACAACAGCAACCUAGCACCAAAGAACUUUUAUCUUCUUUAUCUACCCCACCUUUCCUCUCUGUCUCAUCAUCCUGGGGAAAGCUGCCCAACCUCAGCAUCUCCAAAGCACCCUUACACUCAUAUACCCAUAGCCACAUAUUCACUCCUUGAUUACUUGGUCAACCUCACAAAGUCAUACUCAUGAUCAGACAACCAUAGACAAAAUUAUAGAGCCCCAGUUUUACUCAAAGUCCCAUUCCCACCCAGUUGUGUUUUCACAGUCAUCUAAUCACAUGCAAAUUCACACUAGCACACACACAUUCUGAUGGGGGAGUUGUGGGUGGGGUGGGAGCAGAGGACAAGCCAGCACCAACUUGCCUUCAUCUUCUCCCCACUUCCUGCCCUGGCCUGCCUGUCUUAUCAGGAGAAACUGAUGGGAAUGGGUCCCUAGAGCAGGCCCUUCUUGGAAAGCCAUUCUCAGACAAGCUACUGAGGAACGUCAUCCGGGUGGAUGCUGAGGUGGUGUCUUGGCUGCGGCCAGCCACAUUCAGAGAAACUGGGGGAAGGUAUAUGAGUGUGAAUGUGUGGCUAUGGGUAUAUGAGUGUGAAUGUCUAUCAUUAGAUGCCACUGUGGAUGGCUGACUGUCCUUACUCACUGUUCCAUCAGUCCCUAUAUCACACACUAAUCCUUCCCCCAGCUUGGCUGCCCAGAGCUUAGGAGCCCAUGGGAAAUGGCAGUCCAAGAUGAGGAAGGGGUCUGUGGCAACAGGCUAAGAAUUAGGGCCCAGAAGUGUCACAGGAUACGCAAUACUUCUCCAACUGCCUCUGACUCACCUAGUGCCCCAGGUAAAAGACACCCAGAUAAAAGGUAGGGGAGGAGGAGGAGAAAGAAGGAAGAAUCUAGGCUGAGCAGUAUGAAGGGACCCUCAACCUUCUGUAGCCUCCUGCUGCUGUCACUGCUCCUGGGCCCAGACCCUAGAGCAGCAUCGAUACUGCCACCCAGCACUAGCUGCUGUACUCAGCUCUACCGAAAGCCACUCUCAGACAAGCUACUGAGGAAGGUCAUCCGGGUGGAACUGCAGGAGGCUGAUGGGGACUGUCACCUCCAGGCUUUCAUACUUCACCUGGCUCGACGCAGCGUCUGCAUCCACCCCCAGAAUCGCAGCCUGUCUCGGUGGUUUGAGCACCAAGAGAGAAGGCUCUAGAGGACUCUGCCAAACCUAAACCUAGGGAGAAUGGGCUGAAGCCCCCACUAGCAAAAAUAAUAAAGCAACAUUGGAUGAUAAUCUCUAAGUAUAAUCUCCAAGAACUUCCUUAUUCUCUUUAUUCACACCUGCACAAUCCCUGAAAUGGGAAAGGCCAACAGUCAAGGACCCACACACACUCCCCAGGCACC